GAGGGCAGGCCUGAUACCCAGAAGGCCGCGCGCUCCCUGUGUGGGCCAGCAGCCAUCUUGAAUCGUUCGUGUUUCCUGGUGGUAGGCUGCAAAUCUGUGGACAAUUUACCAUGGCUGAUUACGACGAGCCGAUUUCUGACGACGAGAAGAUUCGUAUAGCUUCUGAUUUCAUCAAACACGCCCCGCCGGGCGAGUUCAACGAAGUGUUCAACGAUGUCCGAAUUCUCCUCGACAACGACACUCUGCUCAAGGAGAGAGCUGCAAGCUCAUUUUCUGACUACAACAAGGAGCAGUUCACACCAGCUAAGCUCUCAGGCGAUGAACAGGUUCUCAUUACAAGACAUGGUGAGCUCUCAGAUGGUAGCUUUAUUGACCCCAAGAGCAAACAGAAAUUCAGUUAUGAUCAUCUACGCAAGGAAGCCAGCAAUUUAACUGCACAAGAGACAGAUAGCACCGCAGAACCAUGGCGGGCUGCCGUUGACCAGGCAUUCAGGGCUUAUGUAAAAGAUCACUACCCUCAUGGGGUGUGCACUGUAUACGGUAGCAGUACAGACGGCCUUAUUACUAUUGUAGCUUGCUUAGAAGACCACAAGUUUGAGCCCCAAAAUUUCUGGAAUGGCAGAUGGAGGUCAGAGUGGAGUGCAUCAUUCAAAAAGUCUGGAGAAACAGUAGAUAUGAAUGGGGUUCUCAAAUUGCAGGUCCAUUACUACGAAGAUGGAAAUGUUCAGUUGGUUUCAUCAAAAGAGAUCCAGCAUGAGCUAAAAGUAGCUAGUGAGGCAGCUACAGCUAAGAACUUUGUACAAAACAUAGAAGAAUCAGAGAAUGAAUAUCAGAAAGCAAUAUCUGAGAACUACACACAGAUGUCCGACACCACAUUCAAGGCACUGAGAAGACAACUGCCCAUCACUCGCACUAAGAUAGACUGGAACAAGAUCCUAAAUUACAAGAUUGGGCAGGAGCUGAAGAGUUCUUAACUCUCCUAUCCAAACUAGAAGAGAACAGUUUAAACAUUUUCACAUUUUUUAUACAAUACUGCAGUAGAUCGAGUUGUUCCAAUGUAAGAGAAGAUAGUGUAAAAAUCACAGUAGAGAUAUCUGGAGUUUCUCCAUAGCUUUCAUCAUUGCUUUGUUGAGUUCUACAUCAGGUUCUAUUUAAAAUUGCAAUACUAGAAUACUAAAUCUCACAUCAUACACACAACAUAUUUUUUGGAUACUGGAAUACAUCUCGUGAAUAGAUAUAAUGUCUUUAUACUUUGUUGUCACUUGUAAGCAUUGCCAGAACUUUAGCCACCUAGUAGCAGGGGUAUAGCUUCAGGGGGUCCUUGACUAGGAAGUCUGCUCAAGUGAUAGAAAAUUUAGAACCACUGCAAGAUAUGAAGAAUUACCUAAUAGAAAAGGAUGUCCUGAAACAAACAAUGCCACCCCUACCUUUCACUAGGAGUGAAUUGCAUACUAAUAAAUUUCCUAGUAAACUUUGCCUGGCAUAUGCUAUUUUUGCAGCAAAGAAAUUUUCUUUGAUGUAGAUUGUUCUUGCUUACAAACUUUUUAUAUUAGUAAGCUGUUGAAUUUAAUAGUGAGAAUACUCUUGAUUACACAAAAACAACCAAUGUAAAACCAAAAAUUAUAAUUAAAAAAAAUGCUUAUUUGGG